AGUCCUGCAAAGGGUGACCACUAUGAAAGACUUUCCACGCCCCCAACUCCCUCCUCCAUCCCCAGCUCCAAGCUCCACCAGCCAAUCAGAGGAGCCCUCUGCUGCAGCACUGAGCUAUAAAAACCUCACAGCGUCUCUUCAGCAGCACACACCAGACAGAGAGACACAUCAGAACCAGCAUAUCAGAAGAGACCAGAGACACAAAGAUGAAGACGCCUCAGCUUCUCAUCCUCCUGCUGACCAUGUUGGUGCACACAGCAGCAGCUUUCCCCACAGACAGAAGAGGCAGAGACAAGCACGCCUCCUGGGACGACGUCAACGUGGUGGCUCACGGCCUCCUGCAGCUGGGCCAGGGUCUGAAGGAGCACGUGGACAAGACCAAGAUCCAGAUGAGAGACGUCAACGCCAAACUGAAAGCCUUCAACGACACGGUGGCCGAAGUGGAGAGAAAGCAGCGGGAGCAAGAUGAAUCCCUGAAGACCAGAGGUGAAGAGGUGGAGGAGAGGGAGAUGAUGGGCGCACAGCUGGCUGACGAGGUGAAGGUGAAGGUGGAGGAGGUGAAGAAGCAGAGUGAGGACAUCCACUCCAGGAUGGACAGACUGGAGGAGAAGGUGGACAAAGUGCUUACAGAGCCGGCAGUGGACAGCAACUACAGCGAUAACAAAGGAGUCCCAUUUAUCCAGAGGAUCGUGGCAGCUCAGAACAGACGCAUCGACCAGCUGGUGGAGAAAAUCCAGCAGCAACAAGACAAACUGGACAAGCAGAGUCUUCACCUGCAAGCACUGCAGAGCAAGGUUGCACAGAAGAGAGUAAAAUCACACAGACGGAGAGAUGAAGAGACGGUGCUGAGAGGAGAAGCAGAGCAGAGCGACGCCCAAUCAGGUUUGGCCAGAGACUGCCAUGAUCUGUUUGUACGCGGGCAGCGAGCCAGCGGUGUCUACACAGUCCAGCCCGAGAACUCCCAACCUUUCAGCGUCCUCUGUGAUAUGACUUCAGAAGGUGGAUGGACGGUCAUCCAGAAACGUCUCGAUGGAUCCCAGAACUUCAACCAGCUUUGGGAGAGCUAUAAGAAAGGCUUUGGCAGCCUGAGUGGUGAGUUCUGGUUGGGCUUGGAGAACAUCCACUCUCUCUCCAAACAAGGCCAGUACCUCCUGCAGGUGGAGCUCUCUGAUUUGGCGGGGCGGGAGCAGGUGGCUCAUUACGGAGUUACCGUCGAUGGUGAAGAGGAGAAGUUCGCUAUCCACCUGGAAAAUGAUUCUUCAUCUGGAGCUCAGGAGGAAAUCAUCGUGACCGGAGCCUCCGGUGUUCCUUUCUCCACAGCCGACAGAGACAACGACCUCUCUGCAGACGUCAACUGUGCUGAGCUGCUCUCAGGAGGUUGGUGGUUCAGCAGCUGCGGAGGAUCAAACCUCAACGGCAAGUAUCCCAGAAGGCCGAGCCAGCUCAGGAGGCAGAAGCCCAGAAGACAAGGGAUGUUUUGGACGACCACAAACGGACAAAAUGUCUCUCUGAAGACCGUACUUCUGAAGAUCGCACCUGCCUCCAUAAAAAAAUAAGCUGAUCAAUCUGAACAGCAAAAGGACCAAAGUCAGUAAAAAGCAGAGAAAACAUGAAAGUUUGUAACUUAAAUGUUGAACUACAGGACUUGAAGCAUCAAGCUACUGAGCUGAAACAGUAAUGAUCUGUCCUGGAUCAUCAGAUAUUUCUACGCUAUGUGUUUGUUAUAAUAACUUAAGUCAUAUUGACAGUAACAUGAUUCCCUUUAUAAGGGUUUUACUUAUUAAUCUUAUUUUAUACAACUUGCUGUGUGUCUCUUUUAACUGUGUCUACUUUAAUAAUGUACAGUUUGUUAUUUUCAACAUUUACACUCUUUAAAUAUUUUAUAUUUCGGUUAUAUG